ACUGAAGGUAAUAUUGUGUAUUUUUAUAGGAUUGAUGAGAAACAAAAUUUUAUUAAGUCUGAGACCCACACUUGUCCAAUUACGUGCUCCAAGGAUAAACUAGCAAAAAUCAUAAACGAAACUGAGCAAAUCCAAAGAGGUGAAUACUCUUUGAUGAGUAGAGUGGCCGACAUUCAUGAUGUAGCCACAGUCAUUCCAGCCAUUUCCAAGUGGGACAAAAAUGCAAAAAAGGAUGUCAUCCCCCAGUACAUUUUCUCUCAAAUCCG